ACAGUUUGUCUGUGCUAGUGACCAGAGCGAGCUGCUCAACAUAGACCGGUGUAGACCAGUGUUCCAUACUAUGGAGGGUACCUGCCCACCUGAGAAUUCUGGAUCAAUGGAGCUACUGACCAACAAGUCCUUGAUGUCCGAUAAACUUUUAAAUCUGGCCAGUCCAAAACCAUCAGCAGCCUGGAUCUGUAGACAGGUGCGAGUCAACAUACCUUCAGUUGGCUUUAUCUGGUACAUAUCUAUAUGUUGGCUCCUUCAUAUCUACUUGGAAUACAUGUGUAUUAGGGAGAUGAACAACUCCCAGGACAUAACCUUUAUUUCAGCCAUUCAGUUGUUGUUAGCUUUCUCCCUGGUGGCAAUGCUUUUAUUCACCCUCUCUGCAGUCCUCUCAGCACCACAUACUCCAGUAACUGAGCAUAAAUAUCAGAAACAAUCAUCUUUGAGGCUUCUUAUCUCAGCUCUAAAAUGCCAGAUCUACCCCCUGCAAGCAUUGGCAGCCUUACUUCUGAUCAACAGCUACCUCCUGCUACAGCUCAGUGAAUCGUUAGUCAAACCUAUGAGCGCUGCAGGAAAUAAUGGCACUGCUGAUGUUGAGGGGUUUGGAAUGAAUACAAGCAACUCUAAAACCAGUAACUGGGUGAUGCUCCCCUCUGUUUUACCAGGAGAUAGCUUCACAUACCUGCUGUACUGCAUUCCUGUUGUUGUGCCUAUGACUGUGCAUUCUGUGCAACAGUCUGAUGUGGUGUGGAAAACAGAAAAACUCUGGGGCUUCUUCUAUUCUGUCAUACUAUUGUUGAUAGGUAUCAAAUAUUUGUCUUCCUCAUUCAUCUUCUACAUUGUCAGCCUACUGGUCACUCCUUUCCCACAAACGCUUCUGUUUAAAGGUUUCCCAGUGUGGAUUCCAGUUGUCUACAUUAUGUCGGUUUUCACUCUAUUUCUGUACUCGAUUUUGCUGAAGAUCUAUGUAGAAGUUAGCUGUAGAAUACCAUCAUCUGGUGUCCCAGCAUCAUAUUUAACUAUGAGAAAGAAAACAAAGUCAUAUCCUUCUCCACUUGGAAUUAUUUUUACAACGUUGCUCAUAGUGGUCUGUGAAAUCUUACCUAUGCUGAAGAUAUAUUUGCUACUUUCCAAGAAAACAGAGCUCUUUAUAUUGUUCCUGUUUUCUUUCAAUGGUGCCUUCUACUUGGCGUGUCUCUCUGUAUUAGUCAUGGUUACAGUAAGAAAGUGCCUUAGUAAUAAAGCCAAAGCAAAGCCAAGGAAGGUGGGAAGUGGAGUUUGCCUGGCAGACUCAUUUGUGUACCAGUGCAGUCCAAAUGCCGCCAAAGUCAAGUACUCACAUGCAAAAAGUGUAGAAAACAUUUCACAUUAGUGAAACAAUAAACAGAAGUGGCUGCUUUCGUAUCUCGAAAAUGCUGGAGACUUUCACACCAAGGUAAAUGGGUUGGUGUGAUAUAUAAAUGCAAACCCUUACCUUGAACUUGGAUCCCAUCUUAAGGCAAUUUUACAUGUUGGCUCUGUCACGUGCAAGGAACAUUUAAGACUGCAGUAUCACCAAUAGCAAGUGAUAUCUUUUCAAAAGUAGAGCAUAGAUGGACUUACUGUGGAUGAGAUGUAGGGAAUAAGACAGCGAAUGUAAAGGGAGUAACUUGCUAAAUAUAAACUAUUAAACAGAUUUUGUGUAUAUAACCUCGUGGGAUUAACCUGAAGAAUUUCUUUUAUUUAAUAAUCUUGUAGAUGGAAGUAAACGAUAAAAGGCCUUCUUGUCUUACAAGCUUCUUAGGUCAAAACCUGGGCCUCCUCACAUUACACAUUAAACAGUUUUUAUACAUAGUGGCACUUUUAGUAUGUGAUGAAGUAAUGGCAACUACUUAAUAUGUAAGAGCAAGGAUUUUACUCAGGCCUUAUUUUAUUUACAGAUAGAUAUGCAUUUCUGUAUUCAUUAGAGGUAUAUAACCUUGCUGCAUGAAUAAGCCCAAUAACAAAUACAACAAACCGACUAUGAUAUAUGAUGAGAUGGUCACAGAAUGGGCAACAUGGCAUAUCAUAGUGGUCAAAUCCAUGCUUGUAAAGGAGCUGGGGAAAGAAACAUUUUUGAGCAAUGCCUAUUUCUUUAACUCCUCAUUUAUUUUCUGUCAUGGUAUUAUUUAUAACUUCCAUACAUUUUUUAAUAAAACUCUGAAA